GGAGUUGCAACCGAGGCCGUCUGUUGCGCCAGGGGCUCGUGUUAUUGCGACCUGACUAUGGUCUGUUAUUUUCAUCAAUCGUUUGAUCAAACGUCGCAGUAAAUAUCCUCCCGAGACUCGCAGUGGAUUCACGCUACUUCAUCAACGGAGCAACGCAUUUCAUGUGGAAUCGGGAAAGAAUCGGUCAGAAUACACUGAGGCUGCAGCGCAGACGGACUUAGCUUUUGUUCCGAGCAGGCAACAUCAUUUGACAUAAACUGCCCAAAAUGGACAAUUUAGAAAAGGGAAAUAAAUCGGACGAAGACUGUGAAUUACCGGAGGAAGAAGAGGUGGAUCCCAGAAUACAGGGUGAACUAGAGAAAUUGAAUCAGUCCACAGAUGACAUCAAUAGAUGGGAGACAGAACUGGAGGAUGCACGGCAGAGGUUCCGCGCUGUGUUAGUGGAGGCCACGGUCAAGCUGGACGAGCUGGUGAAGAAGAUUGGAAAGCCGGUGGAGGACUCAAAGCCCUACUGGGAGGCCCGGCGAAUAGCCCGGCAGGCCCAGCUGGAGGCUCAGAGAGCCACACAGGACUACCAGAGGGCCAUAGAGGUGCUGCGUGCUGCCAAAGAGACCAUAUCCCUGGCGGAGCAGAGACUGCUGGAGGAGGACAGCCGGCAGUUUGACUCGGCAUGGCAGGAGAUGCUCAACCACGCCACCCAGAGGGUGAUGGAGGCGGAGCAGACGAAGGCGCGCAGCGAGCUGGUGCACAAGGAGACGGCGGCGAAAUACAACAGCGCCAUCGGCCACAUGAAGCAGCUGGAGAAGAAGCUGAAGCGAACCAUCAACAAGUCGAGGCCCUAUUUUGAACUGAAGGCAAAAUACUAUCUGCAGCUUGAGCAACUGAAGAAGAAGGUGGACGAGCGACAGGCCAAGCUGGCCCUGGCCAAGGCCGAGUACCGGACGGCGCUCCGUAACCUGGAGACCAUCUCCGACGAGAUCCACGAACGCCGCCGCUCCUCCGCCAUGGGGCCCCGGGGGCGGGGCGUGGGCGCCGAGGGCGACGGCGUCUCCGGGGACGACAUCGCCAACUUCAAGAUGGAGUCGGACGGUAUAUCCAUGGUGUCGGUGUCAUUCGAGGAUGAGAGCUGUAACAGUGGCAUGUCAGAGGAGGACUAUGAGACCCGGUCCACAUGCAGCAUCAGCUCGGGGCUUGCCACCUCCCCCCCGGACUUGCCCUGUCCGUGUCCCUCUUCCACGUCCUCCCCCGCCUCGCCCCCCGCCUCGCCCCCAGCCUCGGCCCCCGCCUCGCCCUCUACCUCGCCCUCCUCCUCGCCCCGACCCAGCAGUCUGGACCUGCCGGGCCCCGUCUCCUUGUGUGCAUUCGGGCUCAUGUCCCCUGUCCUGGGCCCACGGAGUGAGUGCAGCGGGGCGUCGUCCCCGGAGUGCGACCUGGAGCGAGGAGACCGGGCAGAGGGAGCUGAGGGUGAACAGAGCGACGGCCCCAGCAACGCCGCCAAGAAAAGAACCAACCUGGAGAGCCGCUUCGGUCGCAUGUCCCUGGAGCAUUCUGCAGAUUCUGAGCAGGACACCUUCUCUGCGGCCCAGCGCCCCGCUCCCCCCGCGCUAUUGGUCAACGGGGUUUGAGAGCGGGACACUCCCCCGUCACCGCCCCCGGCUCCCGCCCCCCUCCC